UUACUUCAGCUUACUUCAGCUUCACACACAAUCCCCAAUAAAAUAAUACAACAUUUAUACAAAAACUCGAGCACAUACUCAAAUAAUGAUUCGAUACAAUAUCAACCGCAUAGUCGUGACUUGUGCCAUCAUCUUCCUGGUGAUAUUUAUAUUUAUUAAUUACAAUGGCGAACAUUUAUCCAAAACAAGCAACGAAACGAAGGUGAAAAAACCACGAACUGAUCCCGAAAAAUUCUUUGUAUUUAGUCCCAAGUGCAAGAUACCCUAUGUCCAUCCAUUCAGUACUCAGUUCCUGGACAUGUCAAACCAAAUUCCAUAUAAAGCCUGUACUGCGGAUCCGGACCUCUUCAGCGUUCUCUAUGACCGAAAAAAGAGGCAUUACAUACUGCACCUGAACCAAGAUGUCCUGAAGAGACUGUAUUUAAGCAUUACCGACUUGUAUUGUGUCUAUCGGGAGACAGUUGCCGGAUCAAACGAUUCAUUUGCCAUGUGAGUAGUGCAGCAAAAGUUAAAU